CUGUCAACCGCCCUCUGACCCUGGUUGAGCCUCAUCAUUCUGGUCAUCGAUAUCGUGGCCGACACGCAUCUCGUCCAUCUUUCGGGGUUCUUUGACACAAAGUCAAGGGCAGGGCUCAUUCAUCUGUGAACAUUUCUAUUUUCUCCAUCACUGCAAGUGCAGUGCUUGUUGCCGCGACGCGCCUGUGCACCCACCGCGUCACCACUCUCCUGCUUCGCGGGAGCAGGCUCAACGGCCAUCAUGGGUGCCAACUCCAGCGAGCGCACCACGCGCAUUCAUCAGCUCGAGCUGCGGCGCCGCGACAACAUCCACAAGACGGAGAGCAUCGGUCGCGAUGAGGAGGCGCGGCUGCUGAAGCUUCGCACCCUGGCGAUGCGAGACGAAACCGCAGCGUUGAAGGAGAAGAUCACACAAAAGGAUGCCAAGAUCAUGGCGCUGAAAAAGCAGAGCGAUGCGGUUCGCGUCGAGCUUGAUGACGCCAAGAGAGCUGCGCGAUCGCAGGAGACACGACUAAAGAAGCAGGACAUUGAGCUGGCCAACCUGCAGGCCGAAGUAAACUCUCUGAAUGGCUCAGUGCAAGACUCGGGCAAGGCCUUGCAGGAGAAAUUCGCGCUGAAGCGAGAACUCGACCGCCUCCGACCCGAGAUGGAGCACUUGCAGUCACAGCUCGCCAACUAUCAGGCGAUGGUUGCGGAGAAGAACGAUCUGCGGCGGCAACUAGACUCGGUGGAGGUGGAGCUCGAGAACGAGAAGCGGUCGCGGCAGAGGGUGCAGUUCAAGGAGGACGAGCCCACCAUCAGCGAUCUCAAGGCGCGGCUGGUCAACGCUGAGAAGAAGCUGGCCGCUGAAGUCAAGGAGCGCGAAAAGGCCAAGAAGGAGCACGACAGGGAACUCUCCGAGGCGCAGGCCCACAGCGAACGGCUAGAGGAGAGGAUCGAGUCUCUCAAGACAAGGUACAAGACCACCCACACCGAGCUCAAGGAGACACGCGCGCAACUUGAACAGUGUCAAGAGGAGCUCGAGCAGUCCAAGAAGAAGACGACUCGUGCACCAGGCGCCAAGGACGUUGCGAAGAAGAGCGUCGCCAUUGAGUCUGGACUCGGCCGGAAACGCCGUGCCCAGGAGAUGAGCUUCGAGGACAUCACCAUCCAGACGCCUGGGAACGAGGAGGUGGCCAACAAGCGACUGGCCGCCAAGAAGCGCGGUGAAAAGGCCGCCCUAGGUGAGAAGUCUACGUUUUCCAUCACGCCCUUCUUGAACCGGACCGGGAAGAGCGUAUCGGAUGAGUCCCUGGAGGCAUCGGCCCAUGACGAAUCCGAGCUCGGGCCAGAUACGACAUUUGCCGACAAGGGUGACAGCAGCAAGCAGUCACUCCCUGUCAUCGAGCCCGAGGACCCAGAAGCCGCCGCCGAGGCACCGCAAGAGCCCGCACCCAAGCCCAAGGUCCAGCUCAAGCCAGCAACAAAAACCGCCGCAUCCAAGGCAGCGCCUAAGGAGGCACCCAAGGCUCGUGGCCGGCCAAGGACGAAGGGCUUGAGUGAGGCUCCACCCGCGCAAGCGAACAAGGCAAUCGCCAAGGUGGACGUCUCUCCGGCCGAGUCCGGGGCGGACGCCUCCAUGGAGAAGGAAAAGGGCAAUGAGGCACCGCCCAUGGUGACGGUGGCUCUGGAGCAGGAGAAUGCCACUGCCAAGGCUUCGAGAAAGGCACCCGCCCUCCAGCCUAAGGCGCCAGAGGGCGAUGUCAAGAAGAAGCGGCGGAAGCUCCUCGGCGCCGCCAACUCGACUCUAUUUGAUGACGACGACGACGCCGAGGCGGCUGUCGCCAAGCCGGUCAAGCCCGCCGCGCCAGCCGGAAAGCGCGUGCGGGCGCAACUGGGAGGCGGUGUGAGGAACGCGUUUGCGGGCAGCUCGUUCUCGCCGCUCAAGAGGGACAGGAGGGGUGUUAACGCCAGCUUCCUGGCUUAGCGGCGGAAUGGAGCGUCUGCCUCGCCGCUCUUUUGCAUUGUGGGUUUCACUACGAGGACGCACGAUCACACGGACGGGCGGGUGGCAUUCAUGGAUCAUGGGUUUCACCGACCGAGCACUGUACAGGACUACAUGCAUCAGUGGUGUUUUCUGCUUUGGGUGUUGUUUUAUUUGGUAUAACUGUGUUGGUCUUUGGGUAAUUGGGUUUGUUACAGGGCAGGCAGGCAGGUUUGGCGUACUCGGGAUAUUCAGG